UCAAUAUCAUAUUUAUUAAUUAGAUUUAUAUUUAUUAGUAAUUAAGUGUAAAGUUAAGUUUUAAUAACUAGGUUCAAUAACUAUCAAGUUAUUAUAAAUAAUUAUUAGUUAUUAAAAUGGUUAAUUUUAAUUUAUCAAAUGAAAAUGGACCAUGUGGUUUAAAUCGUCGUCAAUGGAUCAUUGGUGGUGGUCUAACAUUAAUCACUAUAAUUACAAUUAUAAUAAUUAUUGCUGUUGUAUCAAAUAAUAAUAAUAAUAAUAAUAAACGUACAGGACGAUCUAUAUUAGAUGAUGUACCAUUGGUUGAUGGUUAUAAUAAUUUAGCACAAUUAUUAAGGAAGUGUGCUGAAAAUAAUUUACAAUUAAUAUCAUUUGAUACCAAUUUAACAACACAUCCAGAUUGGAAUCAGAAAUGUAAAACAUUCACUGAUUUAGUGCGCAUACAACAAGGCAAAUUAUGGGCUCAGGUUUGGUUUGCAUCAGCGCCAUGCUCCAUUCAAUAUAAAGAUGGCGUCGCACAGGUUCUAGAACAGAUUGAUGUUUUAAAAAGAUUACAUUUAGAAUAUUCAGAUCGGAUGCAAUUGGUGACAUCAAUAUCAGAUUUAAAGAAUGUAUAUUCAAAUAAAAAGAUAAGUAGUUUUAUUGGUAUAGAUAGUGGACAUCUAAUUGAUUCUAGAUUGGCUCUCUUACGAAUCUUCUAUGAUUAGGUGUUAGAUUUCUAACAUUAUCAAGUUGUACAAAUAAAGAUGUAACACCAUGGUUAAUUAACAAUCGAACAAAAUUGACACCUUUUGGGGAAGAUAUUAUAAGAGAAGCGAACCGUUUAGGAAUGGUCUUGGAUUUAACUGGAAUACCUACCAAAGUGGUUACACAAAUCACUAAGUUGUCGAUAGCACCAGUGAUUCUAUCGCAUGUAGCAUCCAA